UGCGACGAAUUUUCCGAAUUUACUUUCAAUGUACUCUGCAACAACUGAUACCACUAACGGUAGGCCUUCGACGCAACGGUCCCCACCGAUACCAAAUGCCGUCAUCGAUCGUAGGGAAGGCGAUGAGAAGCAGUGGGGCUACGAUUUGUAUCCAGAACGACGAGGGGAAAAGUUUAAACCGAGCUGGGGCCGUGUCCUACUCGGUAUGGAGGGAACGGAAAAUUUGGAUAAAAUCAAGUGCGAACGGAAUGUGUAUGCUUGUGUGAAGAAAAGCCCGAUGGUCAAGCUGAUGAUGGGGGCACUCAAGAGUUCCGGAUGCGAAAUCGACAUUCGACGGCACAUAGCGUGUGAGGUGUGCGACACAUCGGUUAGCGGGGGAUACGAUCCGGUGCUAAAUCAGGUUGUUGUUUGCCAGAACAUUGCACGUAACGAAGGCAUCGUGCAGGGUGUGCUGACGCACGAAAUGAUUCAUAUGUUCGACUACUGCAACAAUAAGCUAGAUUUUAAAAACAUUGACCACUUGGCGUGCACGGAAAUCCGGGCCGCCAAUCUGACGCACUGUUCAUUCUUGAGCGCCUGCACACAGGGUGACGCAUCACCAUUCAAAAUCAGACAAGCCCACGCGGACUGUGUUAAAACCAAAGCUCUGAACUCGGUACUGGCGGUGCGCAAGGUAACGUCGGAAGAGGCUAUUGCGGCGGUAGAGCGAGUCUUUCCUAAAUGCUACAACGACCUGGAGCCAGUCGGUCGGCGGAUACGGCGCAACUCGAAGGACAUGUACAAAGCAUAUAUGGAAGGCCCAAUGUAUGGGUACGACGUUGAUUAGCGAAAAGCAAACAAUGGCGAAUACUAAUGCUUGUUGGUGUCGGGAUUUGUGGACGCAAUAAAAACUCCAGU